UAUACCGCUCCCCUAACCAACAUAGUGACGAAACGGCCUCACCUUGGGAUAUACUUCUAGGCGCCUUGAUCAUUAGAUCAGAUGAGAAGUGUAGCACAUUUAGUAAUCUACAGAGUAUUUCUAGUUUAAAUAAUUCUGGAAAAUGAACAUAUUGUUUAGAAUCCCAAGGCAAGCUGCUAAAAUGUCUACGGCAUUCAGCGCUAGUAUAUUCAAUAAUGUUAGAAAAUACAAUCUAAACAGAUUCCACCGAUAGCGCAGUUCUCUAUCUCUUGUAAGCGCUAUGAUUUGAUGGAAUUCUUUGAAGACAAGAAAAAUUGGGGUGAAAAUGAAGUGAAACAUGGUCGCGCAUGGAACAAAGAUGAACUUCGGAUUAAAUCGAAUUCCGAUCUGCACAAGUUAUGGUUCAUUUUACUGAAAGAGCGGAAUAUGCUUCUGACCAUGGAACACGAAUGUGAGGAUAAAAUGGAAUUGUUUCCAAACCCGGAACGAUUGGACAAGGUGAAUGAAUCUAUGCAGAAUUUGGAGAGCAUUGUGAGAGAACGGAAUCGUGCUUACUUCGAACUAGAAACUGGUGAAUCUGGGGAGCGCCCUGGUAAGCUUGUUUCCAAUCCAUUGGGUUUGAAAUUUUACUAUCGUAUGUUCGAGCACGUUAUUCCGAAAUAUGCCAACAGAAAGUGGAAUGAAACCCACCAAUUCAAUUACCGGGGAUCGGCAGUCCAUAAGUUUCUUAGAUUCUAUCGCGAGAAGUUGUACAACGUUAAACGAAAGCAGAGGAAUCGCGACCGAAAUGAAGUAAUUCAUUUACUUAAACGGUUUCCAAAUAUGGAUCGUUCUGUGAUUGCGCAAAAAUAUCCGACUGUCGAUAUCGAUAAUAUACUGAAGCAGGAUAAGGUUCGGGGUAAUUAUAUAUCAGCGAAGGCUUAACUUUAGGAUAAAGCAAUUACAAUGACAGAUACACAA